GUGUUUGGUUACAUAGGUGAGGGUUUUGGAUGGGGGCUGAGAGAAGUCAGCUGGGUGAAACCUUUCAAACGUUCGGUCUAGGAGAGCGAGUUUUCCCGGGUAGAUCAAGUAGCAAUAGCUGCGAGAAAGAGACGGGAAAGUAGCACAUAAAGUAGUGCACUGAGUAAAGGGGGACUUCUUGUAGACAUAGAGGUGGCUUUUGUGGUCUCCACUGCCCAAUCUGCUGUCGGCUCUACGGCCGUAAGGUCGCAGGAACACAUCGGCAAAAGCAACCAAAUCAUGAGGGGUAAAACACAGGUCCCUGAAGAGAACACAAGACCCCUAAACCCAACACAUCAAGUGCCUCGUCCCGGAAAACACAGAAGAGCCAUGGCAUCUCCAAAGGCGCAAAAUAAGAGAAAGUUCUCCGCAAGGAAGAUCAUCAUUAUAAUCCUCAUAGUUUUGGUCAUAUUGGCCAUUCUGGCUGUGGCUGCUUACUUUAUCAAGCAGUUGAUCGAUAGCAAGUAUUUCUUCUGCUCCAAGUCGGUUAAGUUCAUUCCUCUGGCGAAGGCUUGCGAUGGUAAAGCGGAUUGCAGCGGAGGAGAAGACGAAUCAGCCUGCGUCAUGAAGUUUGGACCGAAUUCCACUUUCCCCCUACAACUGGCCACAUCUAAUGAUGUACUGCAGGUAUACAGUCCUGAUAACAAUAAUUGGAAAAGCGUAUGUGCAGAUGGAUUCACCCAACAACAUGCUGAGACAGCGUGUCAACUUCUGGGAUAUACAUCUAAACCUUCAUACAGCACAGUUCAAGUGGGUCUUUUGCCCUCUGCUUUAAAGAUGUCUUUCUGUGUUGUGGGCUCAAGCAAACCACAAACUUUCUACUCCACUGUUUCAGAUCGAACGGUAUGCAGUACAGUUGUCACGUUGACAUGCUCAGUUGACUGUGGUGUGGGCCACGAGGACCGGAUUGUUGGUGGAAAGGAUGCGGUUAUUGAGAAUUGGCCUUGGCAGAUCAGUCUGCAAUACAGCGGCCAGCACACCUGUGGAGGGUCACUGGUGUCUCCACAGUGGGUAGUUACUGCUGCUCACUGCUUCAACGGUGAUGGUAGGAAAGAUCUCGGCAGAUGGACGGUGGUUUCUGGAAACACAUAUCUCAGCUCUUCUGGAGCUUCUGCUGUCAACAAAAUCAUCGUCAACAGAGAUUACAUCCCAUCGCAAAACGACUAUGACAUCGCCAUGAUAAAACUUCAAUAUCCUAUUACAGUGGGAGCGACCCGUAAGCCUGUGUGCCUGCCCCCCAAGGACUUCGGCCUUAAAGCAGGAGACAAUUUAGUCGUAACUGGCUGGGGACAUCUGAGCGAGAAAGGUAAUUUGUCACCAAACUUACAGAAAGCUCAGAUCCCACUGAUAGACCAAAAUCAAUGUUCAAGUCCCACAGUCUACGGUUCAAGCAUAACUCCCAGGAUGAUAUGCGCUGGUUAUCUGGAGGGCAAGGUGGACGCGUGCCAGGGUGAUAGUGGUGGUCCUUUGGUACAUUUAGAUGACCGUUGGAUGCUGGUGGGUGUGGUUAGCUGGGGUAUGGGCUGUGCCAGAGCAGGUCGCCCUGGUGUUUAUAGCAAUAUGGACCAAUUGCUCGACUGGGUCCACUCGGUCAUGCAGGAGUUUAAGUGAGUUUGAGACGGAGGAAACGCUUUGACAAACCAACAACAUGGAUUCACUACAAAGACCUUCAGUACGCAAUGAGAGAUAAAGAUAUGCAUUUAUAUGUAUAGUGGGGGUUGGAAAAAUGGAUUUGAAGUUAAACUUGGGGAGACUAAAGUGAAAAAAAAAUGCUGGUGGAUUUUUACUAAUGGUCUGGUGGACCCCCAGUAUACUGUAUAUACAAACUUGACGAAUUUGUGAAGGAACUUAUGCGGGAGUUUUUUGUCUGCACUCAGGUUCUUGUGAUAUGUUUAAAGGUGUCACAAGAAAGAUUUUGCACAUCUUAAUAAUGUAUACAUUUGAACACAAAUAUUGCUAAAAGAGAGAAAAUAAUGUAUCUUUUUGUGGUCUGCAGUGAUGCACUACAAGUUUAAAACAAAGUGAUGUCAAAUUCACUGUUUUGCAGCCACAUCAGGAUGCCAUUUUAUUUCUUUCCAAGGUCUUCCCAGGAUAUAAUCUUCAUUUAAAAUGCAACAAAGCAUUUAUGCCAAGCAAAAGAAGUCUUACUGUCAUGCCAUCAGUUAAAGAGACCUUGUCCUAUACACGUUGCAAUUUUGCUUCUGUGUGUGCACGAAAUACACUAUCAUGAAAAACAAAAUGGUCAAACAUAAUCCCUAGCUGUUAAUAGGACAGAACUCUUUAAAAAGAUCAUAAUAUUUACAAUUUAGGUACAGAUAUGUAUACAUUUGCUACCAAUGUGUACCUGUGAGGUACUAAAAUGUGUUAUUGAGGCACUCUUUGCACUCUUUUGUGAGGUCUUUAGGUGCAAAUGUGUACUUUCCAAAAGGGUACAGUAUGCACCCCAGCUAGGGUCCAUUUUUUUGGAAGUGUACACUCCAGAACUUUCCAUAAAUCUCACAUUAAUUCUGCUACUGUAGCAAUAUUUUGCAAAUAAAUAUUUUUAUGUAGCACCACUCCUGUAUCCACUAUAAGCUGGUUUAAUUCAGUUCUCACUACUUGAAAUUUUCAGAAGUGACUUCAGUUGUGUGAUGUCACGUCUGUAAAUAAAUCAAUUCUGUGUGAACAGACUGGGAUUAAACACUGAAGUGAUGACCAUAUACAGCUGCUGCAUGGGUGCAUAUGGCCAUGAAUCAUGUUUACCUGAAGUUUUCAAUACGUGGAUCAGUAUUGCAUUCUUUUUAUUGAGUUGGGAAACUCACUUAGCUUUUUAAAUAUUUGUUAAAUAUUUUUUUAAUAUUUGUACAUUUUUAAUUUUAUGCAAACUUAAUUGAGUAUACUUUGAAACUUGUUUUUCUUUGGUUUUGUUAACUUAUGAACAUUGUUUUUAAUGCAAAUGCACCCUGUUUGUGAAAGUAAAGAAUAUUUCUUGUACAUAUUGCACAUAUUCAAUCUGUUUGUCGUGUCAGGUUUAUUAUAAUAAAGACUGGUAAACAGUAA